UUGUGUUGUGCUAAUUGUAAAGAAUGAAUGAUGUUCCAAUUCGAUCAUCUCCCAGUACCACUAACCAUGGCACUGAGGUUGAUGUUAUAAGUGGAACUCGAGAAAUGUAUGAUGUUCCAAUUCAAUCAGUUUCCCUCACCAACAACAUGGAGUUUGAUUCCUCUUCAACACAAAACAAUGUUGGUGGAAAAACAUGCCACCAGUGUCGUCAAAUAAUCAAAGGUGUUCCUGCAAUCUGUAAAAAUCCAAGGAAUGGGAAGCCAUGUGUAAACAAGUUUUGCCAAAAAUGCCUCAAAAAUAGAUAUGGGGAAGUGGUAAAUGAGGUAAAUUCUUUGACUGAUUGGAAUUGUCCAAAGUGCAGGGGAAUUUGUAAUUGUAGUUGUUGCAGGAGAAACAAUGGUCUACAACCUACUGGUGCUCUAUCUAAUACAGCAAAGGCAUCCGGUUUCAAAUCAGUGUCUGAAAUGCUUAUCAAUGAGGAGUCAAUGGAUUUCGAAUUGAACAAGGUUAAUAAUGUGCAUGUUGUGCCUUCACAUGAAGCAACUUUGGGAAAUGAUCUUAUACUAGAUCCAUCUGCUAUUAAUGAUACUGAAGGUGGUAUUUCACAUCCAAAUGUCGGGAAAGGUGUUGUAGAUACUAAAAUAGUUGAGAAAGAAAUUCCUUUACCUACAGCCACAGUGAUUACAGCAAUAUUAGACAUUGAGCUUCGACCAGAAGAUGUUGGAAAUGCAUUGCAGUUUCUAGAAUUUUGCCGAGUGUUUGGAGAGAUGCUUUCCAAAUUGCUUUCGAUAUCGAGACAUGAUUAUAAUUGCUUUCCAAAUUUACUCACACUUCUCCCUAUUUAUAAUCAGGCGCUCGAUAUCGAGAAAGGAGAAGGUGAAGCAAUUUUACAAUCAUUGAUACGUAAACAAAAUGUGUGUCAAGGUGAAAGCACCUUAGUUGUUGAACUCCAAAGCAAACUGUUGACUCUGAUAGUAUCUGAUUCAAGAACUAAGUCCCCAUCCUUAACUACUAGUGAUGGAAAUAAUUCAUGGUUGAAAAUUCUGCAAGAUUUAAUAAUUAAAUCUGAUCUUGUUCUAAAAGAAUUUCCCAUAGAUUGGCUUAAUGAAGGCAUUGGUGGAUAUUAUGAUUUGGAUAUAUCUAAAAAGCUUACCCUUUUGAAUUUUAUUUGUGAUGAAGCACUGGGCACUACGAAACUAAGGAGUUAUAUUGAUGAUCAAAAUGUAAAAUAUGCUGAAAAAAAGAAAGAAGCUAAAUGCAAAGUUGCUGCAGCUAAGGAGAAGGAAAAGAGUCUUAAGAAAAAUUUGCGGGAUGAAAUGGAAAAAGAUGCUAUGUCAAAUGUGGAUAGACUUUCGAUAUCAGAACCUAAUGAAGUUAUUGUAACACUAAAAAGUGAAGCAUCUAAAGCUCACACCGAGUUUCUUGAGGCAAAAGACGCAAUUUCUAAAUGGAAACAAAGUUCAGAUGCUAUGAGAAUCGAGCCUGAGUUCUCCAAUAGUAGUGGUCAAUCAUUUUGGAAGUUAAAAAGUUAUAAUAGUGAAUGUGAUCUCUUAAUGCAAGAUAUCAGGUUCAAGCAAGAGGAUGCGACUUUUGCCGAAGAGAAAUGGCUUUUUUAUGGUCCUGAACAGAAGGGUGAGAUUGAUAUGUACAUUUAUUCAAGUGAUGUGUGUGGUAUUCGUGUUCGUGUAUAUUGCCGGCGAAAAAGAAGCGACAUUGCUGCAAUAUGUAAGAAUUUGAGAAAUAGAAAUCCUUGUGGCAUUCGGUUAUGCCGCAAAUGUCUUUUGAAUAGAUAUGGCGAAACGGAAAAAGAGGUAAAAUUGUUAACUGAUUGGAUGUGCCCUAAGUGCAGAGACAUUUGUAACUGUAGUUAUUGCAUGAAGAAAGGAGGGCAACAACCUACGGGUGCUUUAUCACACAGAGCCAAAGCAGCUGGUUUUAAGUCUGUCUCGGAAAUGCUUAUCAAGAAGGCUUAUAAAGAUUUGGAGUCGAACAAAAUUAAUAACUCUAAUGUUGUGCCUUCAAACAAAACUACUUUGGAAGAGGAUCAUGUACUAGAUCCAUCAGAGAUGGAAAACACCCUAGGAGGCAUGGCUCAUGGUCAGAUGGAUGGUCCGGAAGCUUGA